AUGUAUGGUACAAAAACUACUCGCAGUAUUCGCAAUAAGCAAGCUUUAACUAAUGGAGGUAUGCUUUCGUCUGCAUUGAAUAGGAAAAUAGAAGAAACUGAUCCACUCCUUAUUGAUGCCAUCGCCCAAGUGGAUGUAUUUCAUGAUCAAGAAGAUUAUUAUACUAACUAUGUACGAAAGCAAAUCGUUGAUCGGAGGUUAGAAGAACCCUGGUUAGAAAGUGAUAUUCCUAGUAGAAGUUUUUUGGAAAAUGAUCCCAGAGGGAAACAGAUUGGACCUGAUAUUAAUAAAAUUUCAAAGCAAAUACAACAACGUAAGACUGAUUUUAACAUAGGAAUGGGUAGUAAUGCCGAUACACAGGAUAAUACCCAUGUUUUUUCUACACAAAGAGAAGAGAAAAUUAAUGAAGUAGCCCCACCCAGUGAAACUAAUUAUUAUACUAAUUCUGGCAAUAAUGCACCUUCUUAUGUGCCGUGGUGUCAUGUUAUGGGAGAAACUAAAUUACCUGUACAAAAAUAUGGCAAG